AUGCACAGGAAUUUUCGUGUUUCGAGGAAUAUUCGUGCACACUGGCUAUUUGAUCAUCUCAAUAAAACUGUGAGGAUCGAAGACUCUCCUGGAGAGAGUGAGUACAGUAGUGAAAUGACCGUGGUAGGUAUCAUCGCUAAAGACGGCGAAGCCAGUGAUUACGUUGUUGGAGAAGAAUUCAGAGUUUGUGUGGACACCAAGGUCACUUAUAUAUCGCGAUACUAUCGCCACGUUUUUGUUCUCGAUCUAAGCCCUUCGGCACUUGUUGCUGUUAGAAUUGCUUCUGUUCUUUUAGAUGAGGAAAGUAAUUGCUGCCUUCAUACGAAACUAUUGGAAUGUCUACGGCUUAGUAUGGCUUCCGUAACUAAAAGUGUAGGUUCUCGUACAAUUUGUAUUAAGUACCGGGUACUCGUACAAGGGAUUUUGUUAACCGAAAGCAACAUCAACAAUGUUCUUCAUACUGUUACUCAGAAAUUCAACGAUUUGCUGAAUGGUUUAUAUGAUUAUUCCAAAGGGAUUUUACAGAAAUGGGGUACACUGCGAAGAAGGCACAGGGUUUCGAACAACGUAACGUCUAGAAGCACUUCAUUCUCUGUUCGAAACAUUAUGGACUACACUAAAGGAGUAUGGUCCGUGAGCACAACUGAGGACGAGAAUUCUACCAGAAACCCACUGUGUGACGGCUACGUGCAUCCAGAAUGGGCGUUGAUCUUCAUGUUGAGACUUGGUCUUAUUGCUGUGCAAAUGAUGCAUGAAAAUACUCAGUCAAACAUAAUAGUCAUUACGGAUGCAGUAUGCGGUAUGCCUGACGCUAAUGCUCUACAACAACUGCUGAGCCAGUUACGUAGCUACACAGUGUCCUGUUCAUUCAUUCAGCUCCAAGGACGAUCACGUAGCGAGGCAUGUUUUGGCCAUGUAGCCUCGUGUGAGCUGUUUCAUUUCAUGGCAAUGGCAACGUUUGGGGUGUACAUUCCCAAUUGUCGUUGUUCGAUUGGCGUUGACAUGAACGAUAUCCGUGAACCGUUGGUUUGCUCUGAAGACGAAGAAGUGGACGAGAGUGAGUUCAAGCCGCUGAAUCCCUUCCAUAGGGCGUUGUUAUGUUGGUGUUUUCAAAAUGCUCUCCAAGAUAACGUUCAUAUAACAAAUCUAGUGAACGAGAUCAAUCCUGAAUUUGCGCAGUUGUAUCGAAAAGACGUUGUCAGACAUCGUUAUAUUCGUUCAGUUUAUCAAAGUGCACUGCAUGAAAUAUUGUAUAUUCGUCUACGUGAAGGAUUUACACUGAAGCAAGGUUUGAAAUUCUGUGAUUAG